UGCAAUUGCUCUUCAAUCGCACACCAGCUCGUCCUCGAAGGUCUUUUCCCAUGUGCUCCGCUGCGACCCACUCUUGCUGUAGACAUCAAGCUAUUGGAGUUUACCAGGAUUUUGUUCCUGCACCUCGCCCCCAAUGUCACGGCCUGGACGGCUACGCUCGAGUUUUUUCUGGAGGGUAGAGGAUAUAAGCUCCGUGAACUGAUCCAAAACUUUCAGGAUACUCUUCGACGACGUUAUGGUAACGCACUUAAGUGGUUCACGCAUUUG